CACUGGUGUGCAGCCUGUCAGACAGCUGCAGCCAACUCGCUCGCUCGCGGCAUGUGGAGCAGGGCUGAGUGAGGAGGGAGGAAGGGGGUGGAGGGGUUGUCCGUUUGACCAACAUCGAUUUGAGCGGAGGUAGUCGACACUCGUGGACGAGCCUUUACCGCGGUGGCAACGUCGGUGUGACAGCUCCCCUUCGCAGCGAGGGAGAGAAUGAGAAUAGUGGAUGUAGUUUGUACAGCGCGGCAACAGAGAAGUCACUUCAAAAGAUUUUGACAUGAAGAAGGACAUAGACACAUUAAUAGCAGAAGAACGGGCUGAAAUCAUCUCUAAAUAUGACAAGGGCAGGCAGGAGGGUGUCAGUAUUGAUCCGUGGGAGGAUGCUGACUACAGCAUUUAUAAAAUCACAGACCGCUUUGGCUUCCUGCAUGAGGAAGAGCUUCCAACACCCAGUGUGCUUGAAGAAAAGCAAAAGCAGCAGGAGCUCGAGCGAGUUGAGAAAUGGCUGAAGAUGGUGAAGAAAUGGGACAAAUACAAGAGCAGUGAAAAGGUCGAUAGUCACCCAUCAACAUUCAGACACCAACAUCUAUCGCCAUACACAACUUAUAGUCUGCUGACUAAUUUUUUUCCCUCCCUGCUAGGGUUCUUCAUCCCGGGAUUUCCCAAGCUGCACCGUUUCCAGGCUCAUCAUGAGCUAAUCCUGUCUAAAAUGCUGCCUAAGCUCAAGAAACACCUGGACAAGGAGCAGAUGACGACAGGGAUUUACACCACAAAAUGGUUUCUGCAGUGCUUCAUUGAAAGAACACCUUUCACCCUCACCCUGCGUUUAUGGGACAUCUACAUAUUGGAAGGGGAGAAGAUGCUAUCUGCUAUGGCUUACACUAUCCUCAAGUUACACAAAAGUGAGUAUGAGGCUGUGCCAUGCCGCGCUUUAUCCCUCGAUACGGCCGCGGCUGCUGUUGCUACACGACAUACAAUGGAAGCUGAGGAGGAAAUCAUGGAUCUCCCUGACCUACCACCUCCACCUUUCAUUUUCCCUAACCAGAGUGACCAAAUGCCACUGGGAGGUUGUUCGCCCCAUCUGGGAGCUAGGACUGGCCCGGGUAUCCAGCAGUGCUCUCACUCCCCCCGCUCAGCCUCACCACUGGUCAAUCAAAUUAAGCUAUCCCCGAAACUAUACCCUAAACCUCCGACAUCACUUGACAUUAUGCAGAAAAAACCUUUGCCCUCAAAACCCUCCCCCAAUCGUGCCUUCACAGAUCCGUCUUCGUCUCCCAGACUUCCCCCAAAGCCAACCAAGUUCCCAGUCUCUCUAUACGUCCCGGCAUCUGCAGGAGAUAGACGGCCUUCUAACACCUCACAGUAUGACAACCUUUCGGAGGUUGACGAAGAUGACCGUAGUGUAGAAAGAGUGCUGAGCUCCACUCCUGAGGAAAUUCCUAGCCUGCACAACAACCCAUCAUACAACAGAGAAUAUGACCCUGCUGUGUACCCUCUGCCUCCACCUCCUGUCUACAUGCAUCACUCUGCUUCCCCUCCCUCACUAUGUGCCCUUCCCAGUUUGCCACAAGAACCAGAAUAUGCAGGAGAGGGCAGUUGGGUGGAGGAUCCUAUCUUUGCCCCUCCUCCACCUAGUUUUGCCGACAGACUUAGUCCCCUCCAAUGCACCACUGCCAGCUGUUCAGACCCGCACAAAGCCAUGUCACCCGGUUAUUCUAAGCCUUUCUCCAGGGGCCCCAGAGACCAUUCUGCCUUCCCAGCACCGCUGUUGUACACCGGGUCACCUCCGGCUCACUUAAGAUCCUCAGGACAGUCAGAAGUAGGAGUACCUUUGGUCCAGUCCAGUCCAGACUUUUGCAGGGUGCCUCAAAGUGGACAUCAGUUGCCCAAGUCGGUGACAUUUUAAAGUGUUAUACAAAUGUUACUGAGUUAUUGAUUUUGACAAUAUGCUUGGGAUUCUCUGUUACUGCUUGUCUAGUUUUCAAAGACAUUUUAAAGGUGAAAGGCCAGUAAGUUUUAAAUUUGUCGUGUGUGUGCUCAUGCUUCGUGUAUAGAUUUCUGAUUCUUGCACCUUCUUUUAUGGGCAGUGGUGUCAAAUUUGUAUUUAAAUUCUGUUGGCUGCACAGAAAAAGUGUUAACUUGCCUGCUCUUGUUGUCAUGUGAGAAAAUGAGGUUUCAGUUUUUUGGAUUGUAAUAAGAAAUUUUCAGACUGUUUGUCCAUACAUCCUGCGCAUUUUACCAUUGGUUUGUUUCUCUCUGUUUGACAGUGUCCCAACAAAGUGUCUUAACCUUAUCAUGGUGCACUGAGGGUUGCAACUCUAACACAAGGGCUUUGAGGCUGCCAAAUGAGACCUUGCAACCAAAGCCUGUACAUUUAUGCUGAAUUUAUAUCAAACUGUGAGCAGGCUCACAUAUCUAACAGUAUAUCAAACUGUAAUUAUUCUUUACAGAAUUUUUAGGUCAGUACUUGAUUUAAAAAAAGGACCACUAAUGCAGUGCACAGGCAAACCUUUCAGAGAGUUUAAAGCUGUAUCCACCAGCAGCAAUAUGGAACGAUGUGAUACUUCUCUGCUUUAAAUACUGAAGUUUAUAUCACAUGAAGCCUGGUCAGGUCAGCUAUUUCCCAGGCAGGUAGCAGUGGGUACUUUGUUUGUCUUUUUAAUUUCUUUGUUUGGAUGCUUUUGUUUUUCAAAGUAAUAGUUCCAGUCUUAUCUGUUUGUCUAAUACUUGAUCUCACAGCAAUAAUGUACUGUGUAUAUAUACAUGCAUGUCUCAAAUUUAAUUAAGGAAAGACUAAAAUGAGGUUUUAUUCCAUCACAUCAGCAGUUUCUCAGUAAAAUCCAUUGACACUUUAUUUGAGAGUAGCGCCAUCUAGUGUUCAGUGGUAGAAUAGAUUCAAAGCUGUCGGACUAAGACCGAGAUGCUUUUUGGAAAACUACUUCUGCUUGUUAAUAGUUCUUCCUUUUAUUCUUGGUUAUGAAUGUGCACAUAUUCAGAGACUUAUACAUGAGCAAAUCCCAUAUCUCACUGUUUAAGACUGAUAUAAACCAGGAUGGAAAAUUCAUCUGAGUUUCUUCACAUAUUUUAGAGCUAUUGGUGAUUUUAGUGUUUUAUUUAAUUGCUAUAAGGACUUUUUUUUUUUUUUUUGAGAAAUGGAAGUUGAGCCCUAAUAUAAAAUACAAGGAACUACUGUAUAGUCAAAUAUGUUUAUGUUCUUAGAAUUAUGACAUUGUAUGUAAACAUCAGUUUUAGGGUUUGUUUUGUUUUUUUUGCACUGACAUUUGUUAUUACAGACUUUGCCGUUCUUAAUGUUUGUUUGUUUUUUUAUGGAAUUACAAAUUCAUGCUAAAGUCUUUGGUCUAGGUUUGCAGACUCACUGUACAUUCUUGUCUAACAACUUGGACCUUAGCUCCCACACAAGUAUAUUUGGCUUGCUGGAGUAUUCUGUCAUGUGACCUGCCCACCAAUUGUGGAUCAGUACUCCUUUUAUGGAUCUGUUUGGCAUCAGUGAGAUUUGGGCUCAGACCAAAGCUUUUGUGCAGUUAUGCAACUAUGAGUUUUAUAAAGAGACCAACCCCGGUUAUCUGUUCCUUUUUUUCUCCUCUUUUCUGCAAAG